UCCCUGGCUUCCGGGUCUGGCAGUGACGGGGCAAUGUCCUGACGUCAUCACCGGCUGCCCUAGACGUAUUACUCCGUACCCUUCCACCAGGGUAAAGAGUUCUGGGCCCGUACGGGUGACGGGCAACAGCCGGUCACUUUCACACAGCGUCGGCCUCGGGGUGAUUCCCGCAACAUGACAUCCUAACGCCCCUCCUCCACCCCGCCCGUUCCGUACCCCGGGCCCUGCACAUCGGCCUUAUCCGGAUCCUUCCGCCCAGCCGCGGUGCUGCGGCCCAUCAGCCGCCAUUUUGGGUGUCCCGGAGCCGAGGAGAGAGCAGCAGCACCGGGCGAGGAUGCCGGCCCCUAUCAGACUGCGGGAGCUGAUCCGCACCAUCCGGACAGCACGCACACAGGCAGAGGAGCGGGAGAUGAUCCAAAAGGAGUGCGCCGCCAUCCGCUCAUCAUUCCGGGAGGAAGAUAACACAUAUCGCUGCCGCAAUGUGGCCAAGCUGCUGUACAUGCACAUGCUGGGAUACCCUGCUCACUUUGGCCAGCUGGAGUGCCUGAAACUCAUCGCCUCUCAGAAAUUCACAGACAAGAGGAUCGGGUACCUUGGUGCGAUGCUUCUGUUGGAUGAAAGACAAGAUGUCCAUCUGCUGAUGACCAACUGCAUUAAGAAUGAUCUGAACCAUAGCACUCAAUAUGUACAGGGCCUAGCUCUCUGUACAUUGGGCUGCAUGGGCUCCUCCGAGAUGUGCAGAGACCUGGCAGGGGAGGUGGAGAAACUCCUUAAAACAUCUAAUUCCUACCUGCGGAAGAAGGCUGCACUCUGCGCUGUUCACGUCAUCAGAAAGGUCCCAGAGCUGAUGGAAAUGUUUUUACCUGCUACAAAGAACCUGCUCAACGAGAAAAACCAUGGAGUGCUGCACACCUCCGUAGUGCUGCUGACAGAGAUGUGCGAGCGGAGCCCAGACAUGCUGAUGCAUUUUAGGAAGCUUGUUCCUCAGCUGGUUCGUAUUCUGAAAAAUCUCAUCAUGUCCGGAUAUUCUCCAGAGCACGACGUAUCUGGGAUUAGCGACCCUUUCCUCCAGGUCCGGAUACUGAGACUUCUGCGGAUCCUUGGCAGAAAUGAUGAUGACUCCAGUGAAGCUAUGAAUGACAUCUUGGCGCAGGUUGCAACAAACACUGAGACCAGCAAAAAUGUUGGCAACGCCAUCCUGUAUGAAACGGUUCUAACAAUUAUGGACAUAAAAUCUGAAAGUGGCCUGCGGGUUCUAGCCAUCAAUAUCCUGGGACGGUUCUUAUUAAAUAACGAUAAGAAUAUCCGGUAUGUUGCUUUGACGUCACUACUUAAAACCGUACAGACCGACCACAAUGCGGUACAGAGACACCGCAGCACCAUUGUGGACUGUCUGAAGGAUUUGGAUGUAUCUAUUAAGAGGCGAGCUAUGGAGCUCAGCUUCGCAUUGGUAAAUGGGAACAACAUCCGCGGUAUGAUGAAAGAGCUGCUCUAUUUCCUGGACUCGUGUGAACCAGAAUUCAAAGCGGACUGCUCUUCAGGCAUCUUCCUAGCAGCAGAAAAGUACGCCCCAUCUAAGCGGUGGCACAUAGACACAAUUAUGAGGGUCCUCACUACAGCUGGAAGCUAUGUACGUGAUGACGCAGUCCCUAAUCUUAUCCAGCUGAUCACAAACAGCGCAGAAAUGCAUGAAUAUACUGUACAGAAACUCUACAAGGCUAUUCUGGAUGACAUCUCCCAGCAACCCCUGGUCCAGGUGGCGUCCUGGUGUAUAGGAGAGUAUGGAGACCUGCUGGUAUCAGGUCAAUGUGAAGAGGAGGAGCCUAUACAGGUAACAGAAGAUGAGGUUCUGGAUAUUCUAGAGAGUAUUCUGAUCUCUAACAUUUCCACCUCGGUUACACGAGGCUUCGCUCUGACGGCCAUCAUGAAAAACUCCACUAGAUUCAACAGCACUGUCAACCGCAUAAAGAAGGUGGUUUCUAUUUAUGGCAGCAGCAUUGACGUUGAGUUGCAGCAAAGGGCUGUGGAAUAUAACGCUCUGUUCAAGAAGUACGACCACAUGAGGUCCGCACUUCUGGAGAGAAUGCCCAUAAUGGAAAAGAGCAUAACGAAUGGACCAACAGACGUAGCUCAGACUAAUGGAGAGACAGAACCUGGAAUAAUAGAUACCAAGCCAUUUCCAUCCACUCAGCAGCCGGCCAGCCAGGCCAAUGAUUUAUUAGAUUUGCUAGGAGGAAAUGAUAUUUCGCUAGUUAUACCUACUGCGCCACCUCCGAAGCAGUCCUCUGUGGGAGGAGAACUUCUAGAUCUACUGGGUGAUCUGAACCUUGGAGCUGCUCCAGCACCAGUCGCCCAGAUGCCUGCACAUCAGCUCUUGCUAGACGGACUAUCUGUGCAGCCUCUCUUCAAUGAUAUUUCAGGUAUUCCACCUAUCACCGCUUACAACAAGAAUGGCCUGAAAAUAGACUUUAGCUUUGAGAGAUCCAGCACAAAUGCCAGCGUGACUGUGAUUACAACUCAGGCGUUCAACAGCACAGACAGCGAGAUGACGGACUAUGUGUUCCAGGCGGCAGUACCAAAGACGUUCCAGCUGCAGCUCCUGUCCCCGAGCAGUAACGUCCUUCCGGCCUUUAAUGCCGGAAGUGUCACACAGGUCAUUAAAGUUCUAAACCCUCAGAAGCAACAGCUGCGCAUGCGGAUCAAGCUGACGUAUAAUCAUAAGGGCUCCGCCAUGCAGGACCUCGCCGAAGUGAGCAACUUCCCCCCUCAGUCCUGGCAAUAAAGACAUUUGCUGUAUCUGCACUCACACCCCCAACCCAAGAUGAAGGAACUCUGGUCUUGAGCCUCUGCCCACUGGAUUGCCAAUGAUUGCACUUUUGGGCCUUGGGGUAGGAGAAGAGGUUGAGGGGACAUGCUGCAAUUGAGUGAAACAACAAAUGCAAGACAAGGACGCUGCUGCCUCUCCUUUCCUCAGCUCAGGAGGGGCAGCUGGGCCUCCUUCUACCCUUACCAUUCCCGCCGGGAAUUAGUUGAUUUUCCCCUGAACGGAUCUCUUGGGAAUUUUUUUGUUUGUUCUUCUCCUACACCCAAAGCAUCCCCCCCCCUCCUUCCCCCCAAUCACCCUCUGUACAUUCCUGCAGACCUUCUAUUAUUUUUAUUUUUUUAUGCUCGUACAUCCACCAUCUGCCCUUGGGCUCCUUUCGCGCUCUCUUUGGAAUGGAGAGAUAUACCCUUGUUUUUACAAUACCGUUAAUACCCUGGGUCUAGGGAUGAAUGCUGCUCCCUUCAUCUGAAUGCACCUUUCUGUGGAUUUAAACUUUUCCUUUCCACUGUGCCCAAAAGUGCAGCCUCACUCUAACGUAAGCUCCUGCGUCUGCCCCUUGGCACCUGGUAGUAGUUUCUGUGUACUACAGUUGUACCAUUGCAAUGAGCUGUGCCCAGGUUACAGUGCCUCCCACAGACAUAUUGUAUGGUAUAGGAAAUAAGAGAAAGAUUGCUCUUGAAGAGCAAGUAUCCUGGAAUUCUUGUCCUACUUGGAUAGUAUGGUAGAUACGGCAUUAAUGGUACUGAAACUGUGACUUUCAGUAGUUAGUUUGUACAGAUCUAAAGGAGGUGCCUACAGUAUCCAAAAUCCUUUUCCAGUUCGUUGCAGCUGCUACGUUCUUAUUCAUUUAUAGGUCUCCUGUGCCUGCUGCGGAAAUGGUAGAGCAGUUUCAUGUCCCAAAUGAAAUUAUUCUGUAAAUAACGAGGGACCUGGCUCUGUAUCCGCCAUACCGGCUUCUUGGGUGGGGUCGUCGUUGGGAAUGACCUGCCUUCUCCCACUUCUGCAAGCCCACCAUUGAAUUGAAGCCUGCAGGCCUUUAGAUGGACAUUAUAUUGGUUACACUGGUUAAUGAGAAAAUGAAAGAAGCUUGGAAUACCCAUUAAGAACAAACCGGCGGCGCCGCGGAUGCAGGGAAGGAGGCGAGAGCCAAUAUGCUGAGUUUCCCCUCCAGGUAUGGCCCCGUCUCUUUGGGCCUGGGCAGUCAUUUUAUUUGUCACUUGUUGGUACUUUUGUUUUUAUUUUAUUUUUGAGCCCUCCUGGCUCACCCUGUAAAGUCAUCUAUUUUUUUUUUCUCCUUUGCUGUUCCAGUAAGUUAAAAUUUUCUUAAGAUCCCCGUUGGCCUCAUUGAAAGGAGCAUUCAAAUUCCGUCUGUGAGUGGGGUGGAUAACGAACUGCUAAUUAUCACAGACUUAUUUUUGAGAUGUAAAAGCAAACUUGUAAAAAUAAGUCAUUGGGGAGAAUUAAGGGUGUAUACAUUUUCAUGGGUUACUUAGACUGCUGUGUAUUAUCGUCUUUUGGUUGAAACAAAUUAUGAAAAGUGACUAAUAAAGAAUAAAAAAAUAAAAA